AUGGCGGGCAAGGGCAAGGGGUGGCCGGUCAAUGCCCAGAGUCCUCACCCUUUCAUGAUCUUGAGGGUUAUGCAGGAUGCGAGAAGCCACCUGAAACUCUGA